AUGUCAUGCUCUGAAAUUUCCAAAAGAAUACGUCCUAAGUACAAUAUGAGUUCUCUGAAACUAGGAGGAGUGGCUUUUGCUCGGAACGUGUUCACUGAUUAUGAGCUGAUUGAGAAGCAAGUUCAGAUGACAUGGCAUCCGGAUAAUCGAUAUUGUUUUGUGGUUGAUAAGAAUGCAAAAGAUGAUUUCAAGCAAAGGAUCGAGCAGCUAGUUGGGUGUUUUGAAGAUCAGAUGGUUAUGUUGCCAGUUUCCCUCUACAUGGAUAGUGCUGGUCAUAAUCAGAAUCUAGGCCACACCCAAUGUAUGGAGGCACUCCUACGGUUUCCCAAUUGGAGUUAUGUCAUGUUGCUUCAGAAUCAUGACUUAAUCACAAAAAGUGUUUAUGAACUGGAUAGAGUAUUCGAAAUAAUGGGAGGAGCAGCUGAUGCAACAUCAUACUGGGAAAGAGCGAAACGAAGACUGAUAGGGUCAAAAUGGGAUCCGAAAUCUCUGAAGUUUUUCAGAAAUGAAUCUCUGGUCCCUGCACACGUCUUGAGUACACCUCUCACAUUUGUCUCUGGCUUGGUGGAGGCUUCCUUGCCUCGGGCAGCCGUCCAGUGGCUCAUUGAGACCGAAUACGCUAGCGACGAGCAAUUCAUGUCGAUUCUUCAAAUAAACUCUCAACUCGGAAUGCCUGGACAUUUCACAAAUGACUGUUUGGAUCAAGGGAUUAUUGUCAAUCAAGUUAGCAGAUUUUCUCAAUGGGCUCGCACUGGCUCAGUCAAUUGUGCCACCAAGACGGCGCGUCACGGUAUUUGUCUCUUUGGAAUUGAGGAUUUGAGAGCGAUGUCGGAACUUCAACCAGUGGCGUGGAAUAAGGGAUCAAUUAAGGUCCAAUACCAUAAGAAUCACAAUAAUCCUGAAUACAAGUUGAACUGUACAUCAAGUCGAAAGCAGAGAAGUUAUGACGAAUAUUUGGACGAACAAAGAUUCCAGUGGCUCUGA